ACAAAAAACUUUAACAUGCCUCGUAGCCCUACAUCAAGUGAAGAUGAAAUGGCACAAAGCUUCUCUGACUAUUCUGUUGAGUCGGAAUCAGACAGCUCCAAAGAAGAAACUAUUUAUGACACAAUUAGAGCAACUGCAGAAAAACCAAGCAGCAGAAUGGAAGACAGUCAGAGCAACACUUUAGUGAUUCGAAUUAUCAUACCUGACCUGCAGCAAACGAAAUGCAUUAGAUUUAAUCCAGAAGCUUCAGUGUGGGUUGCAAAGCAGCGGAUUUUGUGCACUUUGAACCAGAGUUUGAAAGAUGUCCUGAAUUAUGGACUGUUUCAGCCUGCAAGCAAUGGAAGAGAUGGGAAGUUUUUGGAUGAGGAGCGACUUCUGAGUGAAUACCCACAGCCGGUCAAUAAAGGAGUGCCUUCACUCGAGUUUCGCUACAAGAAAAGAGUGUACAGACAGUUCAACCUUGAUGAAAAGCAGCUGGCCAAGCUUCACACAAAGGCCAAUUUGAAAAAAUUUAUGGAUCAUGUCCAUCAUCUCUCUGUGGAAAAAAUGACCAAGAUGUUGGACCGAGGACUGGACCCAAACUAUCAUGACUUAGAAAGCGGAGAAACACCCCUAACUUUGGCAACUCAGCUUGACAAUACAGUAGAAGUGAUAAAAGCCCUGAAAAAUGGAGGAGCACAUUUAGACUUCAGAGCCAAGGACGGAAUGACAGCUCUGCACAAAGCAGCCAGAGCCAAGAACCAAGUAGCCCUCAAGACCCUUUUAGAGCUGGGAGCAUCUCCCAACUACAAGGACAGCUGUGGCCUGACCCCACUGUACCACACGGCCGUGGUGGGAGGAGAUCCUUUCUGCUGUGAGCUCUUACUCCAUGAACAUGCUACAGUCAGCUGCAAGGAUGAAAAUGGAUGGCAAGAAAUUCAUCAGGCUUGCAGGUAUGGACACGUCCAACACCUGGAGCAUCUCCUGUUCUACGGUGCUGACAUGUGCGCGCAGAACGCCUCGGGGAACACGGCCCUGCACAUCUGUGCUCUCUACAACCAGGAGAGCUGUGCGAGGGUGCUGCUAUUCCGGGGAGCCAACAAAGAGAUCAAGAAUUACAACAGCCAGUCUCCAUUUCAGGUGGCUAUUAUAGCUGGAAAUUUUGAGCUUGCUGAAUACAUCAAGAAUCACAGGGAAGCUGAUAUUGUGCCCUUUAGGGAGGCUCCCACCUACUCCAACAGGAGGAGGAGGCCUCCCAGCACCUUGGCAGCCCCCCGGAUCCUGCUCCGCUCCAACAGCGACAACAACCUGAACAUCAACAACCUCCCCGACUGGUCGGCCUCCUCUUCUGCCUCUUCACACCGCAGCCUUUCCCCUCACCUGCUCCAACAGAUGCAGAAUAAUCCCAAUGGAACUGUAAAAACUGUGGGGAGUUACACGCCGUCCUCCCGGAGCCGCUCGCCGUCCCUCAACAGGCUGGGAGAGGAUGCCAAGAGGCAGCAACACAGGCACAUCAGUGCCAUUUACAGUCCCAGUGCCAACAAGGAUACUCUGUCUACCUUGGAUUAUCAGGGUCCCAAAAGGAAGCUCUACAGUGCUGUCCCUGGGAGACUUUUUAUCGUAGUAAAGCCAUAUCAACCUCAAGGGGAAGGGGAAAUUCACCUGCACAAAGGAGAUAGAGUCAAAGUGCUGAGCAUUGGAGAAGGUGGAUUCUGGGAAGGCAGCACCCGGGGACAUAUUGGCUGGUUUCCUGCAGAGUGUGUGGAAGAAGUUCAGUGCAAACCAAAUGAAAGUAAACCAGAAACACGAACAGAUAGAACAAAGAAGCUGUUUAGGCACUACACUGUUGGAUCCUAUGACAGCUUUGAUGCUUCAAGUGACUGCAUAAUAGAAGAAAAGGCAGUGGUCCUGCAGAAAAAAGACAAUGAAGGAUUUGGAUUUGUGCUCAGAGGGGCAAAAGCUGACACACCAAUUGAAGAAUUCACCCCAACUCCAGCCUUUCCUGCUUUGCAGUACUUGGAAUCUGUGGAUGAAGGGGGAGUAGCAUGGCAAGCUGGCCUGAGAACUGGAGACUUUUUGAUCGAGGUUAAUAAUGAGAAUGUAGUGAAGGUUGGCCACAGGCAGGUGGUGAACAUGAUUCGACAGGGGGGCAAUCACCUCGUGCUGAAGGUCGUCACAGUAACCAGGAAUCUUGACCCAGAUGAUACAGCAAGGAAGAAAGCCCCACCACCUCCUAAGCGAGCUCCAACCACUGCACUGACCCUGCGGUCUAAGUCCAUGACCUCAGAGCUUGAAGAGCUUGUGGAUAAAGCUUCAGUACGGAAGAAGAAGGAUAUUCUCCCUUCACAUUUUGAAGGUUUGAAGAAGAGGAUUGUUUUUCGAGUCACACUAAAUAAGGUGGAUGAAAUAGUGCCAGUUUCCAAGCCAUCAAGAAUUGCAGACAAUGCAACUGUGGACUCCAGAGUGGCAACUAUAAAACAGCGGCCUUCUAGUAGAUGUUUUCCCUCAGCUACAGAUAUGAAUUCCAUGUAUGAGAGACAGGGUAUUGCAGUGAUGACGCCCACUGUCCCAGGGAGCCCUCAAGGUCCUUUUCUGGGUAUACCUCGGGGUACAAUGAGAAGACAAAAAUCUAUAGGAGUAACAGAGGAAGAGAGGCAGUUUCUGGCCCCUCCUAUGCUGAAGUUUACCAGGAGUCUUUCGAUGCCUGACACUUCUGAAGAUAUCCCACCACCACCACAGUCCUUACCUCCCUCACCACCACCACCUUCUCCCUCUCUGUACAACUCCCCCAAAUCCCUGACAGCCCGGAGCUAUGGAACGAUCAAACCUCCAUUUAACCAGAAUUCAGGUGCAAAAAUCUCUUUGGUUAGGCCCGAGAGCGUGGGGACGAUGAUAAGGGACAAAGGGAUCUAUUACCGGCGGGAACUGGACCGGUACUCCCUAGACUCGGAGGACCUGUACAACCGGAGUGCAGCAGCUCAGGCGAAUUUCAGGAGCAAGAGGGGCCAGAUGCCAGAAAACCCCUAUUCUGAGGUCGGGAAGAUUGCCAGCAAAGCAGUUUAUGUGCCAGCCAAGCCAGCCAGGCGGAAGGGGGUGCUGGUGAAACAAUCCAAUGUGGAGGACAGCCCAGAAAAGACCUGCUCUAUUCCAAUCCCAACCAUCAUCGUCAAAGAGCCAUCCACCAGCAGCAGUGGGAAAAGCAGCCAAGGGAGCAGCAUGGAGAUCGAUCCUCAGUCUUCAGAGCAGCCCGGACAGCUCCGGCCCGACGACAGCUUGGGAGUCAGCAGUCCGUUUGCAGCAGCCAUCGCAGGGGCUGUGAGGGACAGGGAAAAGAGGCUGGAAGCCAGGCGCAAUUCCCCAGCUUUCCUCUCCACAGACCUGGGAGACGAGGACGUUGGAUUAACCCCACCAACACCACGGAUGAGGCAGUCCAAGUUCAGCGAGGAGGCAAUGUUUAGCAGUGAGGAUGGUUUCAGACAGCUCAUGUCACCAUCUCCGAUUCCCCCACCCAGAGAGCCUGAAAACCUUUUUAACAGCAACGAGCCCAGCAACCAGAGCGACUCAAGGACAUUGAAUGCUCCAUCCAAAACGAAAGGUACUGACAACAGUAUGAUGGCAGCCAAGCCCAUGAGUGCUCCCGGCUCGGACAGCUACGUCCACCCGGUCACAGGGAAGCUGUUGGAUCCAAACUCACCACUUGCCCUUGCACUCUCUGCCAGGGACAGAGCCAUGAAAGAGCAGACACAGCAGAUUCCAGGCAAAGGGGAUGCUGUCAAAACUGACCUUAACAAACCGCUUUACAUUGACACCAAGCUGAGACCCAACAUGGAAACGACUUUUCCUGUUACUGCCACUGUCACCAGGCAAAAUACCCGCGGCCUGUUGAGACGGCAGGAGACUGAGAACAAGUACGAGAUGGAUGCAGGGAAAGAAAAGAAACCUGAGGAGAAGAAGAACAUGUUAAUAAACAUCGUGGAUACCUCGCAGCAAAAAUCAGCUGGCUUGUUGAUGGUGCACACGGUGGACACGGCAAAGUCAGAUGAUAUGCCCGAGGAUGAGGAGGAAAAGGGAGCUGAGAUGGAGCCGAGCCCUGAACACUCCCCGCCGGAGAGGCCAGAGGGCAGUGAGGAAGCAGAGAGCGAACUGAGCGUCCCUGCAGCGCCCGAGCCCCCGGCUUCUCCCUGCAAAACCAUCGUGGCCACCGGCUCUGUGGAUGACCCCGUCAUCCUCCCUUUCCGCAUCCCCCCACCGCCCCUGGCCUCAGUGGACAUCGACGAGGAGUUUCUGUUCACUGAGCCGCUGCCCCCUCCCUUGGAGUUUGCCAAUAGCUUCGACAUCCCCGAUGACCGCGCAGCGCCCGGCUCGGCACUGACAGACCUGAUGGCGCAGAGGAAGAAUGGCACCCCUUCACCCAGCCAGCCAGCAAACUCCUUGGAUGGCAAAAAGCAAGCGGGUCUCUCAAACUGUUUGCCUGCCUCCUUCCUGCCACCCCCUGACAGCUUCGACAACGUCACCGACUCUGGGAUUGAGGAGGUCGACAGUCGGAGCAGCAGUGACCAUCACCUAGAGACAACCAGCACUAUCUCAACGGUGUCCAGCAUCUCUACCUUAUCCUCGGAAGGAGGGGAGAACGUGGAUACUUGUACAGUCUAUGCAGAUGGGCAAACAUUUCUGGUGGACAAACCCCCAGUACCUCCUAAGCCAAAAAUGAAGCCCAUAAUCAACAAAAGCAAUGCACUUUACAAGGACGCGCUGAUCGAGGAAACUGUAGACACCUUUGUGAUCCCUCCUCCCGCUCCGCCCCCACCUCCCAUCAGUGCCCAGCCCAACCUGGCAAAAGUUGUCCCCCAAAGGACAUCCAAGCUAUGGGGGGACGUGCCGGAGGUGAAAAGCCCAAUUCUCUCAGGCCCCAAGGCUAAUGUCAUUAGUGAAUUGAACUCAAUACUCCAGCAAAUGAACAGAGAAAAGUCCUCAAAGCCAGGGGAGGGAUUGGAAUCACCGACUGGAACGAAAACUGCGAGUCUCAGUACAAGGAGCACGGAAGUCAUGAGUACUGUCUCAGGUACACGAAGUACAACAAUCACUUUCACUGUCCGACCCGGAGCCAGCCAGCCGAUCACACUGCAGAGCAGGUCCCCAGACUAUGACAGCAGGACCUCAGGAGCAAGGCACGCUCCCAGCCCGGUGGUUUCACCAACAGAGAUUAAUAAAGACAUCCUGCCUGCUCCUCUGACUGCUUCUGCUUCAGCCUCAUCUCCUUCUCCAACUCUGUCUGAUGUUUUUAGCCUACCCAGCCAGCCCCCUUCUGGGGACUUAUUUGGCUUGACCACAGGGCGCAGCAGGUCUCCUUCUCCCUCAAUAUUACAACAGCCAAUCUCAAAUAAGCCUUUUACAACUAAGCCUGUCCACCUGUGGACUAAACCAGAUGUGGCAGAUUGGUUGGAAAGUCUAAACUUAGGUGAACAUAAAGAAACAUUUAUGGACAAUGAAAUAGAUGGCACACAUUUACCAAAUCUACAGAAGGAAGAUCUGAUAGACCUUGGAGUGACUAGAGUUGGGCACAGAAUGAACAUAGAAAGAGCUUUGAAGCAGCUGCUGGACAGAUAAGAAUAGCUAUUUUGCCUCACAAACUUCUGUUGAUAACUAGAGAUGGGCUGGUACUGACAUAUCCCAAAUGCCUUGUCUGUCUGCGAGUGCCAGCAAAAUUGGGGGGGAGGGGGAAAACAGAAAUUCCUGGUACUCAGGUGAUGCAGACUGUCUGCUAUGUGCCCAAACACAAACCUAAAGAUGCUAAAGAAGUGGGGCCAUUUUAUUUCAAAGCUGUGGGGAGAUGAUGAGAGAGAGACAAUUGUUAACUUUAAAACUAUUGAUACUGCCCUUGGCUGGGACCAUCGAGUGACAAUUUUCUUUUUAAAAUUUCAGGGCUUCUUUUACUGAAAGAAAAAAAAUUGUGUUUUAUUUUAUUCUCUUCUUGACAUUCAGUCUCCAAGCAGGCUUUCUUCCCCAGCCCUUGGUUCAUUUUAAGAGGACAGGUUGCUCCAUUACCACUCAAACCCAGUUUUAUCAGUAGUGGGGAUAUUGAGGCGGGCACAGGAGUCCAUAUUCCUCUUUUUUUCUGGCAUAGCUCCCUGAUGUGUUGGCAGUGAAGCUGGUUGUUCUGCUGGAGUCAGUCCAAAGGUAACCUUGCUCUGUUUUACCUGGUAUUUCUUUAUUUCUGCAGUGGUAUUUAGCACUCUUCCAAGGUGGCAGAACAAGUUCAGUGCACACUCCACUGACGCGGCCUGUAGGACAGUGCAGACAUUGAGUGAAGGCUGAGGAGGGACCACACUUAGAGGUGCAGCAAAGUGAAGCUAUUUUGAACCUGAGACCCCCAGUUCUCAACCAGCUCAACUGCUGCUGAGUCAAAAAAUGAGCUCCACAAGCUGGGACAGACUUUAGUGUGCAGGCAGCUUUGGGGCUUGACAAUGAGACACUGAGAGAGGCUGAGCCCUGAGAGGUCCUGUUUAAUUCAGUGAGUGAUACGUGCCUGGGUAUUUUGAACAGCAGGCCGAGUAGGAAGAAGAAGAGAGAUGAAUGUUCCCAUUGAAGUCAGUGGGAAGUGUGCCAGGAUCUGAAGUGAGAGAGGGAUUUCAUCCUGUUAGGAAUGGAAAUGCUUCAGCUCGUUGAGAGGAGGCAGAGAGGUGAUGCCAAGAUGGAAAGAGCUGUUGAGUGUCUGGGGUGCACGCAUUCUGAGAGCCAGGAGGGCUGUGGAGGGAUCCAGGCUCUCAUUUUAUCACUGCUAGCAGGAGCUGGCUCUAGACAAGGACAGAGGGCCAGGCACUGGCCCCCAGCCCAUUCCUUGGCAUAAGAGGUGGGAGCACCCUGCCAGAAUUCGGGGCUGGGAGCAGGGGCAGAGAGAACUUUCCAGGAGACUUCUGUCAGCAAGGGAGAAACACUCAUGACUGGUUUACACGGCUUUGUUUUUUUUUUUUUUAAAUUAUUAUUAUAUUUUUU